CAAGUCACAACGAAUUCUCUGCCACUAUAUCAUCUUCAUCUGCAUGCCGCUGAUGGAGAACUCCUCUUGGGCAUUAUUAGCAUUACUACAUUUAGCUGCUGCCCUGGCCUUUCUCUCCAAAAUAUUCCUUAGACCACACCCAAAACGAAACUUUCCACCCGGACCAAAGCCAUGGCCUGUCAUCGGCAAUUUGAACCUGGUUGGUUCCAUUCCACAUCAAUCCCUUCACUUUUUAUCCCAAAAGUACGGCGAUAUUAUGCAACUAAAGUUUGGGAAAUUCCCAGUUGUGGUUGCAUCCUCCCCGGAGAUGGCCAAACAGUUUCUAAGGGUACACGAUACAGUUUUUGCCUCUAGACCUGCACUUGCUGCUGGUAAAUACACUAGCUAUAAUUACUCGGACAUGACGUGGGCUCCCUACGGCCCUUUUUGGCGACAAGCACGUAAAAUUUAUCUCUCUGAGGUGUUCAGUGCAAAAAAACUAGAAUCCUUGGAGCAUAUUCGUAUUGAGGAGAGGCAUAAUUUCCUGGCCCGUCUAUAUUCCCUCUCUGGAAAGCCGGUCGUACUUAGAGAGCAUUUAUCCCGUUAUACGCUUUCCAAUAUAAGUAGGAUGGUAUUAAGCAGCAAAUAUUUUAGUGAAUCAGAACAUGAUAAGUCUGUAGUAAAGCUAGAUGAGUUGCAAGAGAUGUUGGACGAAUGGUUUUUGCUCAAUGGGGUUUUCAAUAUUGGGGACUGGAUACCAUGGCUAAGUUUUCUUGAUCUACAGGGAUAUGUUAAGAGAAUGAAGGCUUUGUACAAAAAGUUUGACAGGUUCCACAACUAUGUAAUUGAUGAUCAUCAAACUAGAAUGGCAACAGAAAAAGACUCCGCCCCAGGAGAUGUGGUAGAUGCAUUAUUACAGUUGGCUGAGGAUCCUAAUCUUGAAGUCAAACUCACAAGAGACGGUGUCAAGGGAUUAUUACAGGACUUACUAGCUGGUGGCACAGAUACCUCAGCUACGACAAUCGAGUGGGCUAUCCAUGAACUUCUAAAACAUCCUCACGUAAUUGAGAAGGCCAAAGAAGAGCUCAACAGAGUUAUUGGAAGAAACAGAUGGGUAGAAGAGAACGACUUCCCUAAUUUGCCUUAUAUUGAUGCCAUCAUCAUGGAAUCGAUGAGGUUACAUCCAUUGGCGACAUUUUUAGCCCCCCAUUAUGCCAUGGAGGACUGUAAAGUUGCAGGUUAUGAUAUAUCAAAGGGAACAACAAUUCUCAUCAAUACAUGGAGCAUAGGGAGAGACCCCAACUCAUGGGAUGCACCCAAUGAAUUCCUGCCGGAGAGGUUUGUGGGCAAAGAAAUUGAUCUGACAGGAAGUAAUUUUGCCCUCUUGCCAUUUGGUUCUGGCCGGAGGAGAUGUCCUGGAUACAAUCUUGGACUUAAGAUUGUUCGGACAAUAUUGGCUAAUUUGUUGCAUGGAUUUGAUUUGAAGUUGGUUGAUGGCAUGAGACCUGAAGAUAUAUGCAUGAAGGAACUAUAUGGACUUACUACACAUCCUAAAAAGCCUCUUGCCAUCAUCAUGGAACCUAUACUACCCAAGAACUUUUACUAAAUUUAUAUUAUAUGAAGAAUAAAUGUAGUCAAUGCAAGUAAGUACCACUAUAUAUAUAGUUCAAUAAUCGAUCGAUCAUGCUUUUGAUCAUUUGAGCAUAUAAUAAUUAUUUUGUUUGAAAUAAAGAAAUAUGUCAAAAGCAAGAGUCAUAGGUUGAUAAGAUGAGUAGUGGAAAUUUGUCUUUUAUUAGUACAUGCACCAAAGUUUUCUUGCGGUGAAGUUCAUCUUAUUGGAAAUGCGCCGCCUUAGACUCUGA